GACAAAAUCGAUCCAGUUUCACUUUUACUUUUCUGGUCUGAUUUAUGGAUUACAUUAGUUUCUAUUUAUUUUUACUGGGAUGCAUUUUUAAAUGGUGAAGAACAAGAAGAGCAAGAAGAACAAGAAUUUGAUCUUCAAGAUUUCUUGCCAGAUUAG